AUGGCUAAAUUAGAUGUACCACCCGUUAAAAAACAAAAAGCUAAAAAAAGAAAAAACUCCUGUGUGGAACAUGAAGAUGAGGUAGCGAAUAAAAGUCUAAUUUUGGAGAGUACAGCUCCAUCACAAGAUACAGAAAUCGCCACAGACCAACAUGAUCAAGUGAUUUCAAAGAAAACAAAGAAGCGUAAGAACAAAGAUAAAGGUGCCAUCAAGGAGAAACGUUCUAAAUCACACAACACAGCUGUUGAAAGCGACGAUAAUGAUGAACAGCACGAGGUAAAUCAACAUGAUAAUGACGAAGAUGGUGGUGACGAUGAUGAAGAUGGAACAAUGCAACCCACUUUGGAACAACUAAAAGAAUGUGAAAAACCAGAAAAUACAUUAGCCAUAAUUACGGGACGUCAAAAGAAAAAACAAAAACGUCAAAAGCUUUUGGAAGCCCAAAAGGAGCAUUCUAUGGAGAAGGAGAAGCAACGCAAUGAAGAAUAUCUUAAAAAAUGGAAAACAUGUCGUGAUGAAUGGAAAUUCGAAAAGCUGCGACAAAUCUCAAUACAGCAGAGCAUGUUUGAUGAACAAAUCUUAAAUGGCGAAUAUUGGAAUAUAGCCUUAGAGUAUUUGGCUGGCAGUAAAGGUGCCGCAAAGGAAAAAGUCAUUAAAAUGGCAAAUGAUGUUAUCGAUGAAAUCGAUAAACUAUGUGAAGCAAAGGAAAGCGAAGAAGAACGUCAGGGAUUGGUUAAUUCGGUCAAAUAUCAAAGAGCGCGAGAUUUAUUACAGAUAUUUGAUUGA